AUGAGAAUGCCUUCUCUAGUUGGCGCCGUGGUGGUGCUGCUGCUCAGGUGCAGCAUAACAGUGGCGGCAGCAGCAAGUUCCGUGAACAUCGCGCUGCCCGGCUGCAAGAGCAAAUGCGGCGAUGUGGACAUCCCGUACCCCUUCGGCACCACCCCCGGCUGCUACCGGCCAGGCUUCAUGGUCACCUGCAAUGAGACGCACGGCCCGCCGAAGCUGUUCCUGGACAACGGUGCCAGUCCAGGUCAUGGCCCUGAGGUUGUCGAGAUAUCUGUGGCGAACAGCACGGUGCGCAUUGGGAGCUGGGUUUCACACUUCAUCACCGACAACACGAGCCACGUGCAGCUGGCCUUCAGCCGAGGCUCCCCCUUCGUGCUGUCGGCUAAGGCGAACAGCCUCAUCAUCGUGGGGUGUGGCUUCCGUGUCCUCCUGCACAACGUUGACGGGUGGACAUAUGGCUCCUGCGCGUCUUUCUGUCCGAUCAAUAACCGCACCGGCGAGGCGUUCUUGCCCGACAAUCAAUACUUCAUGGACAUCCUGUCUUACCCUGACAUGAGCCCGUUCUUCGUUCCUGCCAUUGCAGCCUGGGGAUUGGGUGAGUUAUCCUGCGAAGAGGCUGCCCAGAGGCCAGAUUUUGGGUGCCGCAGCAAGAACAGUAUGUGCCUCAACUCCACAAAUGGCGCCGAAGGCUAUGUCUGCCGGUGUAGUGACGGCUACCAGGGCAAUCCCUACAUGACAAAUGGAUGCCAAGGAGGGCGAGGCCGUCUAGCAGCUGGAAUAAUUUUCUCCAUAGGAGUUGGCAGCGGCAUAAUUAUUUUGCUUCUAGUUCUUGCUGUCGUCUUUGCAAUAAAAAAGGUCAAGGAUCAGAAAGCAAAAAGGAUGAAGCAAUAUUUCUUCAAGCAAAACCGUGGGUUAUUGCUCCAGCAGUUAGUAGACACAGAUAUAGCCGAAAGGAUGAUUUUCAGCUUAGAAGAGCUUGAGACAGCAACGAAUAAAUUUGAUGAAGCUCGCAUUCUCGGUGGUGGAGGGCACGGCACAGUGUACAAGGGCAUUUUAUCAGACCAACAUGUCGUUGCUAUAAAGAAGUCCAAAACCGUAUCAAAAGAGAGAUCGACGAGUUCAUAA